AUGAUAAAUAUUACUGAGCCACAAAACUGGACCCGCGGAGACUACCUGGUGUCCACCGACCCUGCUCUUCUACAGGUUGAUGCAAUCAAUGCUGCACUGAGUUCGGACAUGGUCUGGUGGGCCGGAGACCUCCCGAGGGAUGCACUCUGGGAUGCCCUUCGGAGUUCGAUCUGUUUUGGUCUUUACCACAAAAAGUCCAGAGAAACGAAUUGUAACAACAAGGCUUCAGAUCAUAACGCCGACCAGUUCGAACAAGUUGGUCUGGUCAGAGUGAUCACAGACGGUGUAACGUUUGGAUAUCUCACGGAUGUUUAUAUCCUGCCAGAACAUCAGGGAGGUGGGCAUAGUCGUUGGAUGCUUGGUAUCCUCAAUGAGGUUUUGAAGAGUUGGCCACACCUGAGACGUGUGAUGCUUCUUACCACUGAUAAGAUGCCUCUCUUCGGAAAGAACCUAGGGAUGAAGGAUCAUAAGGAGUUUGAAGGAAUGAAGGGUGUUCAGAUCGCGAUGGUGGAAGGUCCCGGCGCACAGCAUUGA